AUUUCAGAGUCAGAGGCUCAGAGCUCCUUCCUAGGACCGAAGCCAAAGGCUUUGCGUGGCAGGUUUUAACGGUUAGUUUUCUAAUAAAUCCGUAGCGAUCCUAUGACAGAUUCACCGAUCAAAUCUCCUCCCGACGACAUUCCUGAAAUCCCAGUUGAGAUCGUGAGCGAAGAAGAGAUGGCUCUCAUCGAAGCUGCCUUUUCUGCUACUCGUUGCUCUCUUCCCUCCUCUUUCAUAUCUUCUGCUGCUUCCUCCUCCUCCUCUCAUUCUCGAUUGUCGCUCGUCUCUUCUGUUUCAUCUAUUACUUUUCACUCGAAAAGGAGAUUGUCAGUCUGUUCGGAGGCUCAUACAGUUGGUGACAUUGAAGAUUCAGGCCGUUUAGGCGCUGCCCAGAAGAAAAGUAAAGUACCCCAGUCGUUAUUGGACCGAUUUCGGAGAAGAAAAGGACUGGCCAUCACCGAUCUCACUGCUUCGGAGUGGUGUGAAAAGCAAAUGGAAUUUUCUCUUCUCUAUGGGAAACCUAGAAGAACUAAAGCUAUGAAAGCUGGCAGUGAUCGGCAUGCUAAACUGGAAGAAGAGGUUAUCAAAAAAGUAAAAGUUCGAGUAAAAGCGGUUGAAGAUGCCUGGGGUCUGAAGCUCAUGAAUUUUAUUGUAGGUUCAAAUCAACUAUUAUUUGAAGGACUAACACGUGAGCUGCCUCUAGUAGGUCUUGUAGAUGGUGUCUGGAUGGUUGGGGUGAUUGAUGAAAUUAGAAUGCCUUUAACAGAAGAAAUCAGGACCCCCUCAUUGGUGGACACAAAAACUCGUGUUCAAGCUUCACUUCCCUCUGAACCACAGAGAAGAAAUGGAAGACUUCAGUUAAUGUGCUACAAGUAUUUGUGGGAUAAUAUAGUUGCUGAUAGCUUCCCUUCAGACCAUUUCUUUGAUUUCUUUGGAUUGAAUCCUCUUCACGUUUUGUCCGAAGAUAUCAUAGAGCACGCUGCUAGCUCAGGUUUCCCUGUGAAGACCCUUGAAGAUCUAGUUACGUGCUUUAGAAAUGCGUGUUGCUUGAUGCCUUCUGCACACGACCAGCUUCUGUUGAGAUAUGAACUCCAAGAAGAUCAUUCAUUGCUAGGUGAAGAUAAGUUUGCUUAUGAUUCUGAUUGGCUUAAAAGUCAGAUCCAGUGCUGUCUUGAGUUCUGGAUGGGAAACCGAGAAGCCAGAUAUGUCCCAACAGAGGAGCGCUGGAAGUGUCGGUAUUGCAAGUUUGCUUCUGUUUGUCCAACAAAUGCAAGCACCAAUAGUAUGCCAAGCUAGAAUUUAGCAGCGAUGUUAUACUCCUAUCCUAAUUCAAUCAGCCUACAAGAAGUUGUUGCUGUAUGUAGCCACUUUUUGCAGAAGUGACAGAGAGUACGGAACCACCCAAGUUCCCACUGUAUUUCACUUGGAUUGGCAGACCAUUACGUGGGGCACCCCAAGAAAUAACAGGAUCCUGUACAACUUAUUUGUGUGUAGCCAUAUGCAUAUAGCAUGCCAUUGUUGUUGGCAGACCUUCCAUGCUCUGUUUAAUAAUUCUUCUUUUUCUUUUUCUUUGUUUCGGUACCCAUUUAUAGAUUCAUUCAUUGUUGUAAAAUGGAUACUUAAUUAACU